GUGCCAGGGGAGCACAAACCAUUAUGCGCCCGGCUCCCUACGGCACGGGAACAAUCCCAGUGUUUCGCGCCUGUGUUCUCAUGCGCCACUGCACAGGUUCUGAGUCAUGACGUAUUUACUGACAACGCCGUGCGAGUUUUCGCACGAGCGCACCAGCAGCUCGGUAAUGUAGUUCUCGGUCAGAUAAACCUCCCCUUGCACCUCUGCCACUGCGUCUAUUAGAUCUUUUCUCUGGGCUAUCCAACCCUUCGGACCUAUUCCUUUGGAGUGCGCAAAUAAACUGGAAAUUUCACCUUUACUAUUAAGUUUGGAAAAGUUUGCCCCUUGACUGUUCCACCUUAUAGGAUGGGGCGAGCGCGUAAUAGAGAGCUGGAGCUGCUGUCGCUGCUGGGAUACAUUGCUUGGUUAACAGUCGGUCACUCUCGCGCAGACGGAGGUGUAUUCUUACUGGAUUUGGAAAAUGGUUCAAAAGGUGGACAUGAGACGGGCUUCGAGGCAGCAACAAAUGCUUGUAUGGCUCAAGGGGCCCAGGUGGCAUCAAAGGAGGAUUUGCAUCAUGCAGUGUUGGAAUGUGCCUUCUCAGCCUGUUCGCGUGGUUGGCUCUCCGGGCCAAGCAUAGGGACCACAGUGUGCAGUGGUGUACAGGGGAAUCUAAGGACAGUUGACGUGCAGGUGGAGAAUGUAACCAGCGACAUUGAAUGGCUGGGCGUGUUCUGUGUGAAAGAUAGCGAUUCUCCAUGUGGACAACCACCUUCAUUUCCAAAUUCACAUCUGCAGGGGAAAACUGGGUUAGACCUGGGUGAUGAACUUCUGUAUGCCUGUAACCAAGGAUACAAACUGCCUGAUGGACAGAUGGCCUUCAGUCUGGUCUGUGAUAGCUGUGGAGAAUGGUAUGGCCUGUCACAUUGUGUCAAAGAUGAUCCUGAAGGCCACAUUGACUACGAGGAUAAGUUCACAGAUCCGAGGGAGGUGCAUGACGGAGGUGCAACAGAGACCAUUGAUCAUGAAGCAGAUGAACCCACUUCUGAGCCAGAACAUGAGCGAACCAUCAUAUCAAAGGAAAAUGACGAUUUAACAGUGUUAGCAACUGAAUCUUCUGUGUCUCAGAUCAGUCAGAAGCAUAUGUUUUGGUUCCCCUCAGAGGGCUUCCAGGUACCAGGGGAGCCUUCAGUUAUCAUCACAGACUCCUCUGUUAAAAACCCUACUGAAGACCAGAGCCAUAUGACAGACAAAACAUCUGACCACCAAACACCAGCUAAAGUGAUCACAGAGGGACAUGAUCCUGAUUAUGAUCAAACAACAGAUCCCCCUACUGAUGAUCCUGUCAGUCCCAGUGUUGGAAGCACAGAAGACUCCUGGAUAGACGGAUACCCUGUUUCCCAGGGAGAAGAUAAAGUUAGGGGUGUGUCUACGGUUGAGGCGGUUCCAGAACCGGCACUGGAGGUGGAAACCGUCACUGGCAGCCCAGAUGUGGAGGUGUUUGAGGAUACGACUAAAAGCUUUGUGGAAGAGGAGACUGGAGGUUACAUUGACAGCUCUGUGGAGGAACCCAUCGAAGGAGUGAACAACAAUCCUGAGGAUGUGAAGUAUAAAAAAGUGAUCCACACAAAAGAAGGCGGCACCACCAGACCUGAAAAGCAGGAGCCUGUUGGAGUUAAAGAUGGCCCAUAUUAUGAAGAACCUAGUAAGGGACUUACAGAAGAUGACAUGAAGAAAAAGAUAUACGCACCCAAGUCUGAGUUGGAUGGUGUUACUGAGACACCCAAUGCUGUGCACAUGAGACCCACCACCUUUGUAAGACUAACAACAUCAAAAUCCAGUGCUGAUGAUAAUAUUGCUAUACACAAGAAGCCCAUGAUUUACACGCCAGCUUACGCUCCCGAAAACGUGAGCACGAGCCAAGAGGGUUUGGACUCGGAGCACGCAACCACACCAUCAGGAAUGGGACUCAUGGAUAGUACGCCAGUUUUUGUUGAUGAUAUUACUAACAUGCCUACGCCCAUCAUUAAGGUUUCUUGGGAAACCAAUGACAGCGAUCAUUUUCUAGCACACGUCCCUGUUCAUGAAAUCCUUGAUGAUCAGAAUGAGAUAGAAAGAGAUGGAGACCAAACCCUGGACCAUCAGGAAGGAGAGGGUGCUUGUGCAGAAGACCCCUGUCGUGCAUUUGGUCGUGGGCCGAUGGUUGCCGCCAUUAUCAUUGGUAUAGCAGCAGCAGUUCUGGGUGUGGUUGUGGCGGUGUGGUGUUAUAAAAGGAGGCAACAAAAGAGUUCCCACUAUCAACUCAAUGGAACAAACACGCAAACGCAGUGUAUUGAAUUGCAACAGACUGUGUAACAGCCACACACACACACACACGUGUGUGCACACAGCUUACACGAGCAUCAAUACAAAGCCAUUAAUGUGUGAACACUGCUGUCCACUUUCACACUAACACAAAGAACAUCCCAGAGUUCAACACAAAAUAUGUUGAAUAUGGUGGCGUAAUGCUAAUUUAGAUAUUAUUUCUGUUGCGUUUCUUACUUUGUCGUUAUAUAUACUUUAUAUUGUGUUGUUGAUAAAUUAGGUGUCAUGAAGCAUGACUUUAAAUGGAUUGCAUUGGACUGCGGGGUUGAUGCAUGCGCAUACAUUGUGCCUAUCUGCUCUUGUUAACAGAUGAGUCUGAGUUUAUAGGUUUGUCCAUUAUUGGAAUGUGAAUAGAAGUGUGUUAGCCAUUUGUAACCUGUGUGUACGUGUAUGCAGGACUCAACAUUAAAGGACAAGUUUGAUAUUUUACACUUAAAGCCCUGUUUUCAGAUUGUUUAUGAUGAAAUAGAACGGUUUUGACUGAAAUUUCGACAUAUGCGGCUGCCCCGAUAAUUUUCGGGUGAUUGUUGUUUCACCUCCCACCUCUACAAUGGGUGUAUAGGUGGACAGAAUCCUUCCAAAAAUGCAUUAAACUUUGGUUUACAAAGAUGUGAAACUCACCGAGUGGUCAGGGGUGUUCACUGAUAUGCUCACACAAAAAUCGCUGCAAAAGAUGCUUUCCAACAGGUGUUUUAGCAUUCGUUGUAAACUUGUGGACCUAUUUUUCCAAACGCCUCACACCCGUAUAUUCUUCCGUUGAGAGCUUGAAUAAUAGACACUCCAGCCCAGUUGGUGGCGAUAAUCCGCCUUUGCCAAUUGCAAGAAUAGAAACAAAGUUCCCGGCGCGGAGUAAUACCGUACCUCACAGCACAUCUAAUACAAGUCAAUGGAGUUGGACAAAAACUACGAUAAAACCUGUUGGAAUGCGUAUUUUGCAGCGAUUUUUGUGUGAGCAUAUCAGUGAACACCCCUGACCACUCGGUGAGUUUCACAUCUUUGUAAACAAAAGUUUAAUGCAUUUUAGGAACAAACACCCGAAAAUUCUCGGGGCAGAAAUAUGUCGAAAUUUCAGUCAAAACCGUUUUUUUUUCAUCAUAUACGAUCUGAAAACAGGGCUUUAAGUGUAAAAUACUGAACUUGUCCUUUAACUUAACUGAAAUGGCAAGAACAGGGAAAAUAUAUUGGUUAGAAAAUAAUAUUUAUUAGAAUAUGACAUGAGUCAGUCUUCAUCUCUCAGAAAACGUGC